AUGAAUGGCUACCUGCACAGAUUCACUGACUACCUCUACGUGCUGGAUUACCGACCAUCGCUCUCUCCACCCGCCCCUGCAGCGGGCGGCAACCGUUUGUAUGAAUACAGUCCGAAGAAAGCAAGACCGACUAUCUACAGGUACACUCUGUUCUUGUGGAAGCUGAAGGGUGUAAAUGUUAGUACGAACAAGGCAGAUAUCAUGGAUGCCAACGUGGAAAAGGACAGAUCUCGGCUCCCCGACCAUCAGGUUGAUUCUUUGAUUAACCUAUCUGCUUUACCAGACAUUCACAUAACAUCACCAGCAUGUAUUAAUGGUGUUGGUGUUGUUACUAGCUGCUUUCGUUACGCCGCUCCUGUGACAGGAGGAGGCUGGGGUGAUUACCUACGGUGA